CCUCUGGGUUCGCUGUCUUCGGCUAACUUGACAAGCAGACGAGGGCUCGGUUCUAAAGAGAGAGCGAGGGUUCUGUUUGUAAGUGUUUAGCAUGAUACAAGAUAUUAACUGUGAAUUACUGAAGUAUGUUAAACCUUUUAAACAUACACAGGCUGUAUUGUCACGGUCUGCGCGAGUGCUAAUGACCUUUUCCCAGUGUUGACUUGCUUGCAUGUGUCAACCAGCAGCAAGCUAAUGUUAGCUUGGCUAGCUCAGAGGAGAAAGUGUGCGUUUUGUGCGUUAGCGGUCGAUUUGACAGCUCGUAAGAGAUAAAAAAUAUAUUCUAACAAUGUACAGGUGAUAUUGACUAACAGCUUGGUGUUGACACACUAAUUAUUUACCAUUAAUUUGGCUUAGAGGAUAAAAAAAAGCCAAGGUUAUCUUACCAGUCGUGUAAAUGAUGUUUGCUUAACGUCGAGAGUCGCUACGCCAAACUUAGUGUAAAAAUCUUCACAUUUAAAGUCGCUUUGCUUUUGUGCAAAUAUAGCUUAUUGGUAUAACGUGACUAAAGAUGCAGUACGGAUUAUUACUAAAACUCUUUCAUUCGGGUUGAUUUGGGUUCGGUUUAAUGCUACAUUAUACAACAAAUAUCCAGUUAUUUUUCUACCAAGCAACCAAAAUACUCAGGGGUGAUAUCACGGUGCAACGGCGGCGGUACCAAGCAGCGUUACGUUAUCCAAUGAAGACAUUUGCUCUAUUUAAUUGACACAAAGUGGCGUAACGUUUAAAUCAUUUAUUCAAUGCCGAAAUGAUUUAAACCCGUGAUGAAUUAUAGAAAAGUCUUAAGUUGCGUGUUUCAGUCUUUCUACGUCUCUUACAUCUUUCCUGAAGGAGCUUAACAUUAAAUUGCUCUUUUUCUAAGCGAGGAUCGGCUCACCUUAAACACGCAGUAGAACUUGGCUGCAGCCUACACGCAGCCAGUCAUCCUUUUUUGUUUUGGGGUACGCUUUGCCUCAUCGGUUUACACAUUCUCACCACAGUGAAGUAGUGCAUUAAGUACUGUAUUAAUGCUCUCUCUUUGUUGAAGACAGCUGCUGUCCUGUGGUGACUUAAAAUGCUGAAACUUUCUCCCUCUUCUGCCUGUCUGUCAGUAGUCUUGAACUUGGAUGUAAGCAAAAAAAAACACACACACAGAGAAAGAGGCCGGAUUGGAGAAGAUUUGUGUCUUUAUUGUCACGAUUCUUCCCGAGAUGGACGUUGGAGUGUCCAAGUCCCAUGUGUUUCUCAACUACAGCCCCAGAGCCCUCUUCUCCCAGUGGAGCAUCCCGCUGGGUGCGCAGCGCUUCAUGGACGCCGUGAAGGAGGGUCAAAAGAGCUCCCUGAGCUCGGGGAAAAUGGUGGCCCUGGCUGCGGGGCUCUCUGUGGGGGCCACGGUGGGCUACAUUGUGUACCGCCACAUGAGCAGCACCUACAACACAGGUGAGGGCCCCGAGGUUGAGUUAUCCAAGAUGUCACUUCCUGUAGAGGUGUACAGGAACAUAUCCAGAUAUCAAGCCACGUUUCUGGACAUGGUGACCCAGAAGUCUGGAGCUCAUGUCCGGGUUUUAUCAGAUUCGGGGGAACCAGGAUGUAAGACGGCCGUGUGUUUCGUGCUGCAGGGCUCUAAGGAGCAAGUCCUGCUGGCUCGCUGCAUCCUGGAGAACCUGGUCACAGACUGCCAACCCAUGACUGAGGCUUUGGAGGUCCCUCAGACUGCGUUUGGACGUAUUAUAGGGCGUGGUGGAGAGAAUUUGAAACUAAUCACCAGGACCACAGGGGUCAAAGUGGCUUGUUCCAAAGAGAAGACACAGGGUCCUGGUGCAAAGGGCAGCGUCACAAUCACAGGGACCAGACAGGAAGUGAAACAGGCCAAGGAGCUGAUUCUAGAAAAAGUCAGAGAGGACAUGAUGGUGAGGACAAAGAUCUCGCAGUCUUCUGCCCUGCGUCAGAAACGUGGACAGACAGCAGCGAAUCAGAGAGCAGACAGCACAGAGACAGAAGCACCGCUGGGCCUGAAUAACAACGGCCCCUACAGCCAGGCAGAGAAGAGGGGGGUGGUCCACGCCAACGGAACCACUGGAGAACCAGAACGUAUUUUUGAUAAGGUGGAGGAGCUUAAAAUAACCAACACAGACAGCAAAGAAGAAGAGGAGGAGGAGAGUCUGUCUACAGACUCACUCUCUGAAGUCUCCAAGUUUGAAAUUCCCAGUCCUGACCUGAGCUUCCAGCCUGACGAACAUCUUGAAGUUUAUGUUUCUGCAUCAGAGAACCCAAACCACUUCUGGAUCCAGAUCCUAGGGGUCCGCUCCCUCCAGCUGGACAAACUGAUAGAAGAGAUGAACCGGUUCUACAACAGCGGCAGCCCCACUGAUCAGAGAGUUGAGACCAUCGUGGUGGGGGACAUCGUGGCAGCUCCAUACCGAGAGCACGACUCAUGGAACAGGGCGAGGGUGCUGGGAGUCCUGGCCUCUGGACUGGUGGAUCUUUACUAUGUUGACUUUGGGGACAAUGGGGAGCUUCCCAAAGAGAGCCUCCGCCGUAUGAGGAGUGACUUCCUCAGUUUACCAUUCCAGGCUAUUGAGUGCAACUUAGCAGGAGUGAGACCAAAAGGAGAAGUGUGGACUGAGGCAGCCCUGGACGAGUUUGAGCAGCUGACACACUGCGCCUGCUGGAGACCCCUACAGGCCAAACUGUGCAGCUACUCUCACUCUGACAUUUCCUCCUGGCCCAGUGUCAAGCUCUAUGACAACAGCGAGGGCAAGACUGUAGAUAUCGGUGAGGAGCUCAUCAGGCUGGACCAUGCUGUCAGCUUCCAGGAAUUGGUGAACGGCAAGAGUGAGGGGAACAAUCUCGGCUGCCUGCAGAGGAUGCUGGAUGAUGUGAUAGGAGCCUCCUCAGAGCUGAGUCUGUCCUGUAUCAGCUUAUCAGAAGCUGCCUCGAUCUCAGGAAGUGUCGAUGACGUCUUAGAGGACGACCUGCUCUGAGACCAAAGACGUCCAUAAAUGUCAAGCACUGACCAUCCGUCCGCUCCUCAGCAUCAGCCCAGCUGGGAAUGAGGAGAGCGUUUUCCUCUUCUGACCCAAACUUCCAACCGCAUAACUCCUCAUUAUGAAGCCUUACCUACCUGACAAACGUGCGACAGUUCUUCCAGAGAUAUAUUCACUUUACUGUUGUUACUUCAGUGCUGAAUCAAUUGUUCCGUUUUUUUUGCCUUCACGCUGUUCUGUUCUGUUGUACCCGACGCUGCUUUGCUUUUGACGUGUCGUUACUACUGUUUUGUGUUUUAGAUAUGAAGUGAGGAACAAGGACAGAAUUGCCAGUAUUAUUAUUAUCAUUAUUAUUAUUGAAAAGCACUGUGAUAUGAGUCAGUGGAACCAGAAAGCAGCUGUCUUGUGGUUAAUGAUGUCUAUUUUAUUUCUCGUCUCGCCACUCGUAUGUAUAUUAAGAUUUAAAGGUAUACUUUAAAAUACCGGGCUUCACCAGUUCUAUUUUGGACAUUAAAACCUGCAGUAUUAUUGAAUGUGGUCCUCAGAGUGUGUUCAGUAUGAAAAUGUGCGUCUACUGGAUCAUUAUCUAAGGACAGAAGAUGAGUUAGUUUAUCUUCAGGGGUGUAAUAGAUUGCACUUUACAGAUUUCAGGAAGUAUUCAGACCCCUUGACUUUUUCAUAUUUAUGUUAUGUUAGUAAGUAUGUAUUUUUUUAAGUAUAUAGAAAGUAUUUUUUUCCUUUAUCAAUCUACUUCAGAUUCCUCAGAAUGACAAAGCAAAAAAAUGAUGUCAGAAUUUUUUUGCAAAUGUUUUAAAAAGGAAAAAAGGUCGAACAGUUCAGUCUUGUUCUCAUCAGAGCAGAAAUUGUUUCCACUCAGCCCGCAUCGGUGCAGUGUUGCAGUGAUGGUUGCCCUUGAGGAUGUUUCUCCCAUCUCCUGGAGCUCAGCCAGUAUGAGCUGAACAGAGUGCUUGUUCAGCUCCCUUAUUGAGGUCCUUCACCCCUGAUUGUUCAGUUUGGCCGGACAGUCGGCUCUGAAUACUUUCUGAAUGCACUGUAUA